AGCACAAGCAUAACUCUCCGUCAGCACUUUUUAGCUGUUCUUCACAAAACGUUUUUUUUUUCCGAAAUAACUGUUGAACUGUGCUUCCAUUGCAACCACGCGUCAGCUCUUUUAUCGUUUUCUUUUGUAUUUUGUUUCCCGUUGACUUGAGCUCCAUAGGCACACAAAACACCCCGCUCCAUUCAUUCACUGGUAAUAACCAAAAGAGAACGGCAGUUCAUUCCUGAAGGCUGUCAAUUCAGUUGACACAUCAAAAAAGAAAAAAAGAUAUAUUUCUAGUAGUAUCUUUUGUGUUUAGCGGUUUUUUUCCCCUCUUUUCUCUCUCUCUCUCUCUAGCCGAUGGCGGACAAUCCGGAGAACUUUACCCAGCACUUUCGGGAUAGCUGGGACCAAACGGUAGGUGCAUGGGUUUCCAUCUUCAAGGGUGUCCGCGGUGCGUCGAAGGUGGCCGCGAAAGGCACGAAGGAAACCAUCGCGAAAAACUACGAAGACUCGAGAGCGGAGGCCAUCAUCAACAUCAGCAAAGACCUCGUCAAGUCCACCGCACACGGCGGCACUGCCGCUGUUGAUUUGAUUGUAGACAAGACCAAAGAAGUUACUGGGAUGGGUGGGAAGCAUAAAAAGGAUACGCGCUUGGACGCGGACAAGCACGGUGGGAUGGGUUAUAUCGCCAUUGCGCCGCAUAAGGUGCUCAUCGGUCUUGUGAUCUGCGUGGUGGUGGCCCAAACGAGCUACAUUGUGUACCUGUACAAUCGAGCGCAGACGGUAGAUAAGCCGGCGUCGAAGUGGCCGAAACCGGGCAAUUUGCGGUCCAAGUCGCCGCAACCGUUCCCGCGGACGCCGUCUCCGCAGCCCGUGGAGGUUGGUGUGAGUGACGAUGUUCCUCUCGUGGACGAGGAGGAGGACCGCCGUCUGGCCGCGAGCGAGGCACGUUAUCGGAAAGACAUGGAUAUGGAGUCGUUGGACUCCGAAGAGUUCUAG